CAAAAGCACUUGCAUCAAGGAGCCACGUCUGACCACACGUCCCGACUUCACAGGCUCUCCUAAACUAAAAGAAGAAAAAUGGGGGAACCAUGGCAGAAAGAAUUUGAGUUUGCUGUAGAAGUAGCGAGAAAAGCCGGAGCGGAAAUCAGAAAAGCUGGAGACAGUGAAAUCCGAAUUAUGACAAAAAGUUGCACCGUUGAUCUUGUCACUAAAACUGAUGAGAGGGUGGAGAAGAUCAUCAUCGGGUCGCUGAAGGAGGAAUUUGGAGAAGGAACACACUGUUUCAUCGGGGAGGAGUCGGUGGCGAAGGGCGAACCGUGCGUCUUAACUGACAAACCCACGUGGAUCAUCGACCCAGUGGACGGAACCACAAACUUCGUCCAUGGAUUCCCGUUUGUGGCCGUGUCGAUCGCCUUCGCUGUCAACAAGAAGUUGGAGUUCGGUGUGGUGUACAGCUGCUUGGAAGACAAGAUGUACAAGGCCAGGAACGGGAAGGGAGCUUUCUGCAACGACGAGCAAAUCCAGGUGUCUGACAUCAAAGAUAUUAAAAAGUCCAUCAUCAUUUCUGAACAUGGAUACGACAGGACACCGGAGAGUGUGACCAAAAUUUUCUCCACCAUGCGGAAGAUCCUCUGCAUCCCCGUGCACGGGCUGCGCGGAUCCGGCACAGCUGCCACCAACAUGUGUCUGGUGGCGUCCGGGGCGGUGGAGGCCUUCUUCGAGAUCGGGAUCCACUGCUGGGACAUCGCUGCCGGCGCCGUCAUCGUGAAAGAGGCCGGAGGAGUUUUACUGGAUGUGGACGGGGGGCCGUUCGAUCUGAUGUCUCGAAGGAUGGUGUCAGCAAACAACGACGUGAUCGCCACGAGGAUCAUCAAAGAAAUCGAACCGUUCCCGGCGGUGAGGGACGACGCUCCGGUGCAGAAGAAAUGAGAAAAUUCCCGAAUCCACUCGGCAUUAGCGAGAAAAGAACAAAAGUGGAACCAGUCGCUGUGUGUGUGUGUCUCUGAAUAAAGUUACUCUGCUGAUCA